AGGAACACAAUGAACAGGGAAACAUAUCAUCAAAUUAGGCUUCCUGAGUGUAAAACUUAAGGACUUUUGAGGUGAGUGUGUUUGAAGGGUGGAUGGAGAGAGGAGCCCCAUGAAGCAGUGUGCAAAGACAAUGAACAAUCAAAGUAAAGAAAUUAUGUUGCCUACAGCUCUCUCAUGAUUCUUCAGACCUCUUGACAUAGUCCAACAGCUUGGGUUUCUUUUUUUGUUCCAGAGCGAAAGAUUCUGUGAAACAUUUUCAUGUGGAGUACACUGGGUCAUCCUACAAGUUUGGCUUUAAUGAAUUUCUAAGCCUGAAAGACUUGAUCAUGCAUUUUGCAAACCAGCCUUUAAUUGGCAGUGAGACAGGUACCUUGAUUAUCCUGAAGCACCCCUAUCCCAGGAAGGUGGAAGAGCCUUCCAUUUAUGAAUCUGUGCGAGUUCACACAGCAAUGCAGACAGGAAAAACAGAAACUGACCUUGUUCCAAAUGCACCUUCGCUGGGCACAAAAGAAGGAUACCUAACAAAACAAGGCAGAAUAGUUAAGAACUGGAAAACUAGAUGGUUUACAUUGCACAGGAAUGAACUGAAAUAUUAUAAAGACCAGACGUCCACAGAGCCAAUCAGAGCCCUAGACCUGACAGAAUGCUCUGCGGUACAGUUUGACUAUUCACAGGAUAAAGUAAAUUGUUUUUGUUUAGUAUUCCCUUUGCGGACUUAUUAUCUCUAUGCAAAGACUGGAGUAGAAGCAGAUGAAUGGAUUAAGAUACUGCAGUGGAAGCUGUCACAGAUAAGGAAGCAAGCACGCCAGAGGGAAGCCACACUCAGGUCAUAAGUAUUUCUGUCGCUUAUCUAGCAGCGUCCCAUCAAACCUGUAAUUAAGAAUGCAAGAGUCACUGUGCUUCUUUAGAACAGAAACUCAUCAACUUCAGAAUUCAGCAGUGCCCAUCCAAAUGAACAAGACAUGACAGAGCUAGUAAUCUCUGUCCUCCACAUCUGAGAAUGCUGCAUUAGAAGAACAAUAUUCCAUGUUUCGUUAUUACAGCUAACAGACAUCGAGAAGACCUCUGUUCCAUGAAUUUGUCUAAAGCCAUCUUAACUAUUGACCUUCAACACAUCUUGAUGUGAUGAUGACCAAUACCUGCUGAUGUUGUGCCUUCCGGUCCUUAUUGCCACAUUAUCAGUCUUUCCAGUUUAAAUGCAUCUGUUAAAUGCAUCUGUGUGAAAUUCAAGUUUGUGGUCAGUUCAAGAAACUUCGAUUGUUUCGUGGUUUGAGCCAUAGAACUCCUAUUUUCAACCCUGGCAUGUUCUGCAUGUUGUUGACUAUUUGUACCAUUUUUUUAGUGAAAUUUGCUAAGUUCCUGUAUCAUGUGCUACAAUCCUGGCCUUGGUUUGUCAUGGACGAACAGACAUGCUUGUUGGAAUUGCCUGCCUUGCUCCUUUCAUUUACAAGAAAAUGCCCUAAUUCAAAUGGCUUCAUCAUAGUAAAAACAUAGAACAUUGUGUUCACAAACUGGGUUUCAGAAAAAGCAUAGCUCUGCUGCUUACAACCAUAACAUCCUGUAGUGUUAUGCCUGUUCGAGCUAAAUAGGUUUUAGUUUAUGUUUUAUUCCCUAAGUAGAUUUAGUGUUUUCCCUAUUCAUUAGACUACUUUUUAGGCAGUAAAACAUGUGAUCUCAUUCUUUGAUUGGAUUUAGUUUCUGAUUGCUGGUCUCUUUUUUUCAGUAAACUCUGGGUGGACGAUGAUUAUGGGACUGUUAUGUGCACAUAAUCAAACUUGAUUUCAGCAAAUCUUUUGACAAAGUGCCUCAUGAUAUUCUGAUAAGCAAAUUAGCUAAAAAUGGGCUAGAGGGAACCACAAUCAGGUGGAUCCACUGUUGGCUACAGAAUCAGACUCAAAUAAUGCUUAUCAAUGGCACCUUCUCAAAUUGGGGAGAAGUAACAAGUGGGGCACCACAGGAUUCAUUCUUGGGUGCUUUUCAACAUUUUUAUUAAUGAUUUGCAUCAAAAAGUGCAGGGAAUGCUGAUCAAAUUUACAGAUGAUACAAAACUGGGUGGAUAAUACCCUGCAAGACAGAAGGAAAAUUCAAAGUAAUCUUGAUAGAUUGGAGUGCUGAGCUGAAAACAACAGAAUGAAUGACAAAUGCCAAGUUCUGCACCAAAAAGGAAUCAAAUGCAUAGUUACAAGACGGAGAGUACUUGUUUCAACAAUACUACAAGUGGGAAGCAUCUUGGUAUUGUUGUGAAUCAUAAGCUGAAUAUGAGUCAGUAAUAUGAUGUGGUUGCAAAAAAGGCAAAUGCUAUUUUGGGCUGCAUUAAUAGAACUAUCACUUUGAAAUCACGUGAAGUACUAGUUCCCCUUCACUCAGCCCUGGUUAGGCCUCAUCUUGAGUGGUGUGCCCAGUUCUGGACACCGCAAUUUAAGAUAGACUGGAAAAGGUUCAGAGAAGGGCAACAAAGUUGAUCAGAGGACUGUAAACUUGAGUCCUACGAGGAGAAAUUGAAAGAACUGAUCUUGCUUAGCCUGGAGAAAACUAUGGGGAGAUACACCACCACUCUUCAAGUACUUCAAAGAUUGCCACCCAAAAGAGGGCCAGGAUCAUUUCUAAAUCAUCUCAGACUGCAAAACAUGGAAUAAUAGGCUAAAGUCGCAGGAAGCCAGAUUCCAGCUGAACCUCAUGAACAACUUCCUGUUACAGAAAUAUGGGAAAGGAACCGCUUACCUAAGGAGGUUGUAGGUUUUCCUACACUUCCAAUUUUUAUGCAUGAAAUGUUUUCUGAUAUCUAGGGGAAGACCGCAAACACACUAGAGGCUUGCCUUGAGAUAUGCUGUUCAAGCUUAACUCAUUGACCUUUCAAGUCUAGUGUCAAGGCUUAGGAAGCCACAUUAAUUAGAAAAAAAUAACUGAUAUGGAUUAGAGAAUGUUUUGCAUAUGUACAUGAAUGGGUAUAAUUAAUGAGUGUUAAAAGCACUUAUCUAAUCACAUCUAUGCAGCAAGACAAGAGAGCUUGGGACCACUUCAUUGGUUAGAGUUUGCUAUUUUUUAAAUAUUUGUAAAAUAAUAAUUUUUAUAGUUUUUAUUUAAUGUUACUGUAUCAGCAGCAUUUCAAUAUAUACUGUUUUCUGGAGAUCAGGGUGUGUGUAAACUAUGGGACCACGAUAGUAUUUUCAAAUAUGUAUUUGGAACUAUUGUAUUUGUACCUUUAUUGUAAAAUUUCUAAUAAACUGAAAACAAUGGAA